UUUUUUUAGGUUUAUAUUAAAAACAACUUUGAUUUGAAGCCAUGGGUUGGAACCUGACGUCAACAAACAUGGCGGAGCUGCAGUAGUUCAAUCUAAGCACCAUGUGAACUUUUAGAGUUUUCCUCUUCUUUUGUCAGUGUUAACACCACAGGCACAUUAUUCGGACAUGGCAACGGUUCAACCUCCACAUGCGGGGGACAAACCAUUGUUUUCGAACAAACACAAGCCACAAAAGACAUACUACAGGAAACUCAAACGUCAUUUCUGCAUUUUGUGUCGUAAUUCAUACAUGAAAAAUAGAUCCCACGAGCAUAUGCACAACAUACUACACCACAAACAGCUGGAAUUAGUGCUGGGCAAUGUUGACUGUCAUGAUUGCCUGGUGUGCAAGGUGUACUCCAUGGAUCUGGAUCAGUUCACCAAGCACAUUGCCACAUCUCAACAUGAAACCAAUUUAAAGAGCCUGAUGAAGAAGAACAUGAAGGCUGUUUCACUUUCUGCUACACUCCCCCAAGAGGCCUACAACAGGAUCCUGGAGUGGAGCAAGAGCUUAAAGAAGGAGGAGAAAAAAAUAGUAAAAAAGAAAAGAAAGAAAAAUAAGCAAAUGGCUGGGCAGAAACGUGCAACAAUGCCACAAGGAGCCAAUGGACAACCACAGGCAAUGCAGACACUGGCUAGUACCGACAGAUUCAAACAAGGAAACCAGAUGCAGCAAGGCAACCACACCUCCGUCUUCCAAAACAAGGAGAACAAACUGCAUCAGCGCGUUGACACCACAAGCAACCGCUCCAAAAACAGCCAAUCAGGUGGCGCCAAUAUCCCCGUGGUGGGCAAGUAUCACAACAGGCCGUACCAGACUGAGGACACAAACGACUACACUAGUGAUCAGCUUCCUCAUUUAGGAAGCAUCAUCUUCAGCCAAUAUGAGCAUAGCGGGUCUUCUCAACCACAGCAAAGUGCUCCAGAGUCAAACAUGAGCAUGGCGAAUCCGCUUUCCAUACAGGACAUGGACGUCAGCUCCAUGCUUAAAGAAAUUAGACGGGCGCUUGGUGUGAGGGAGCCGUGUAGGGCAGAUCGGGAAGCUCGGAAGCAGAACGCUGCCGAGUCAGGAACCCGGACGUCUGAGCCUUGCUCUUCAACUCUCAAUAAGGGCAUCAAAACAUCUCAUGGUGACACUGGUGACCCAGUCAGGAGAGAGACAAGCCAGUUGCUUAGCUCCACAUCUACAGUUGAGUCUAACAGGGAGAGUAGAGGCAAGGUUCGGAUUGCUCACAAAGGCGCGGGUGAAAUCCCCGUCAAGACCAUCCCGAUGUUAUCCGCUUUGUCUGGGCCUAAAAGUAAACCGAGCUGGAGGCAGAAGUACAGUGAGAUGAAUAAGAACAAGCAGAAGGACAAAGAAGGGCUUCCCAGGUUUGGAAUUGAGUUGCUGAACCCUGAGCACAACCAAUCUACAAACAUCGCUGAUGACCUGCCCCUCUCAGAGGGUUUCCACUGGGAGUCUGUCUCAAGUCCAUGCAUGCCCCUUCCUCCUGCUAUUCCUGCUCCUCUUUCUCCUCGCCAAGACACGCCAGAGAGUGCGCCCAAUGCAGACACACAGUUGGAGUCAAGCAUACAAGCGUUAACUGUGAAAGUGGAGCGCAAGGAGGAGAAUAGUGAUGCCAACAAGAGGAAACGCCAACAACCACACAAUGAUGGUGUUUCUGAUAAGGAAGCAAAUGUUAAACGGAGGAAGACAACGUUAAAGAAAGACCAAAACCAAAUGGACCAGCUUUUAUCGGUGUCCCUCCGGGAAGAGGAGCUGAAUCAUUCCCUGCAAGAUUUGGACAAGUCACUAGUUCUGGCCCGGAAUGCCUUACAAUUGGCCUACACGGAAGUGCAAAGACUUGUGUUAUUGAGGCAGCAGUGCACUGCCGAGGUGGACAGUCUGAGAGCCAGACGUAUUGAAAUUCUACAGGGGCUGCAAGAAGUGUAUUCUGCAAGCUCUAAUGUGGUGCAGGUUGGCACCGCAUCAUCAGGAUCCACUGAGAGGUCAUCUACUACCGCCUUUGCUCCUCCCACCAACCUCUAUCAAACGCCCGGUCCGGCAUCCUCCAUCAGCCAGCCCCCAGCCGCCUCCCUCCCGACGCCAACCAUUACGGUUAAGCAAGAAGUCAUAAGCCGGCCAGCUUCUCUACAGCUGCAUGUCCAGAUGAACGGCGAGGAGGCACCAGAGACCUACCCUUCGCUGCUACCAUCUCUGCUGCAACCGACGACUCCUAUUGUGGCUCUUCCGACUGUGACCCCUCUCCUUGAGGCCCCUCAUGCUCGGACUCCUCCCACAGUGGCUGUCAGUCAUUUGGAUCCAGUCAAGAUGGAGCGUUCGUCAGAAAAGCAACUUAUCCAAAUAGAUUCCGAUGAUGAACAUGAAGAACAUUUUUUCACCGAACCAAUGAAAGUAAAUAAGAGUGUAGGAAUUGGUUCUUUACCAUCUAAUGCAGCAGGGUUGGGUGACAAAGGGGAUGAUAGCGAUGAUUUAGUGGAGGUAAUGGAGACAUCCAAAACGGUGGUCAUUGACAUUGAUGAAUCCGAGAAUGAGGAACCACCUGAUAGUGGACCUUCAAAGGGACCAGGUCCACAAGAGGCACCUCAAAAGGGUGUCAGUGUGGAGUGCAGUUCUUCAAGCACACAGACUUAUCACCAACUCAAUCGAAUUAAGAGGCAAACUGAAAGUCCUGUGUCUGUAGCUGAAACCAGUAUUCCUCCAGUGGUUGUUGCGGUUUCGGAGAAGGAGGAGGAGGAGCCAUCUUUGGGGGCAUUUUCUAAUCACACAGCCUCCGUUCACGACCUUCACGUUCACAAGGGACUCUUGUACACGUGCUCUGCAGACAACACGGCGCGGGCUUACAGUCUGGCGAACAGGGAAUGCCAAGCAGUGUUUGAGGGUCACACAAGCAAAGUCAACAGUUUGCUGGUCUCUUCCUAUCUCAACAUGCCGGCACGACUGUACACCGGGUCCAGUGAUCAGACCAUUCGCUGCUACAGUUUAAAGUCUAAAAAAUGUCUGGAAACUAUCACUCUACCUGACCGAGUGCUGUGCUUGCAAACUGCCUGGAACAUUCUGUUUGCUGGCCUUGCUAAUGGAUCAGUUGCCAGCUUUGAUUUAAAGACUCUGAAACCACUGAAUGUGUUCGAGUGCCACGGCCCCCGUGGGGUCAGCUGCCUGGGCACGGCACAGGAGGGUGCUCGCCGAGUGCUGCUGGUGGGUUCCUACGACAGCACCAUCAGCGUACGGGACGCUAAGAGCGGUUUGCUGCUGCGCUCACUGGAAGGUCACACCAAGACGGUUCUCUGUAUGAAGGUGGUGAACGAUCUGGUGUUCAGCGGCUCCAGCGACACGUCUGUUCAUGCACACAACAUCCAUACGGGCGAGUUGAUACGGAUCUACAAGGGUCACGGUCACGCUGUCACAUCCAUUGUCAUCCUGGGGAAAGUGAUGGUGACCGCCUGUCUGGACAAGCUGGUUCGAGUAUAUGAGCUCCAGUCCCAUGACCGCUUGCAGGUGUACGGUGGUCACAGUGACAUGGUGAUGUGCAUGGCUGUCCAUAAGAGUGUGAUCUACACAGGCUGUCAUGAUGGAAGCAUCCAAGCUGCCAAACUCAACCUGAUGAAGAACUACCGCUGCUGGUGGCAAAAUUGCUCUCUGAUUUUCGGCAUGGCAGAACAUAUCGUCCAACACCUUGUAGGAGACCACACCAACCCCACUCUGGAGACAGUCAAAUGUCGCUGGAAGGGCUGCAAUGCUUUUUUCUCCACACAGCAGGAGGUCAAGCAGGAUCUUCCUAAGCACAUGCAGACACAUGUGAAUACGGAGAGCAAGAUGUGAGUGAGGACUAACUGAUGCAGCAUUUUCUUCUCAUUUUUCAAUCCCAUGAUUUUGAACUCCCCUCCUCAUAACAAACACAUGUUGAAAUCAGUUUCGUUCCGUGUCGGGCAAAAGGGCGAAAUUGCUCUUAAUAAUGUCGACCGAUUUAUGUAUUGAGUACAUAAGUAGUGCAUAUUAGUGUGCAAUUUACAUGUACAUAAACAACAGCUUGUCUUUUUAGGAAUAAAAGAUACAAAGAAAAAGCUGGAACAUCACAGAUUUUUUUUAUUUUUAAUUCCUUUUGUCAUAUAUCACCUGAAUUAAAUCAAUAACAUAACAGCUCCUAAUCGUGACAUCCACUUCCUUUUAAGACUUGAUGUGGAGAUGAUUAAGAAUACAUGGUCAGCUGAAGCCACUAAAAGAGAACAAUAGAAACAUCACCCAACAGUAUUUGCUCUUCAUAAACAAACACACGCAAACACAGGAAAAAGUACCGUCUGUUCUCACACAUGGAAUGAGAGUUUAAAAAAGCAUUGGUCUAACCUCCAGCACAUUGAGCUUGAUCAAUCCAUCUCCGUCCUUGUCAAAAGCAUGAAAAGCCCCUGCAGGAAACACUACAUUACACUAAGUACAGUUGCAACAUAUUCAUAUGUGUACAAUAACAUGCAGUAUACUUACUGAACAUUCCCUCCAGUCUGACAAAACAGCAGAUGUAACUAUCAAAGUCGAUGUUGAGGUGUUGGUUGGCGUAGCGCAUGGCGAUAAUGUCAUACAACUGUUUGUUCAGGUGGAAGCCUUAAACAGGAAGAAGUGUAACUCUGCAUAUCAUAAGUAGAUACUUUGGAUGCAAAUAUGUCCUCUCGUGGCUGUGUGCAUUAUAGGAGUCAAUGCAUAGACUAGGAAGCCGUGGUCAUAUUGUAUGUGCACGUUAUUAUGAAUUUGGCACCAAAUUGAACAUUUUUUUUUGUCACCUGCUUCAUUAACAGCAUUUCGCAUUUCAAAACUACUGAUGGCUUCGCUUUGGUCUUUGUCGUAAUGUUUGAAGAUCACCUGCAAACAGUCAAUGGAAAUGACAAGCCAUGGAUAAUGGACAAAUGCAAUAAAAAAAUAGCA